CACGGAUCGCAUGGGGGAGUCUAUCCCGCUUGCCGCCCCGGUGCCGGUGGAACAGGCGGUGCUGGAGACGUUCUUCUCUCACCUGGGUAUCUUCUCUUACGACAAGGCCAAGGACAAUGUGGAGAAGGAACGAGAGGCCAACAAGAGCGCGGGGGGCAGCUGGCUGUCGCUGCUGGCGGCCUUGGCCCACCUGGCCGCGGCCGAGAAGGUCUAUCACAGCCUCACCUACCUGGGGCAAAAACUAGGGGGCCAGUCUUUCUUCAGCAGGAAGGACUCCAUUCGCACCAUCUAUACUUCUCUGCAUAAUGAGCUGAAGAAAGUGGUGACUGGACGUGGUGCCCUGGGUGGGGCUGCUCCUCAUGUGGAAGAGCUUCUUUCCCACCUGUCAGAGCAGCUCUGCUUCUUCGUUCAGGCUCGAAUGGAGAUUGCAGACUUCUAUGAGAAGAUGUACACCCUCAGUACACAGAAGUUCAUCAGUGCUGAAGAACUCGUUGGUGUUUUGGACACCAUCCUCAAAAAAUACAGCUCCAGAUUUCACCACCCAAUUCUCAGCCCCUUGGAGAGCAGUUUCCAGCUUGAAGUGGAUGUCCUGAGUCAUCUGCUGAAGGCCCAAGCACAGGUGUCAGAGUGGAAGUUCCUCCCAUCUCUGGUUAACUUACACAGCGCCCACACCAAGCUGCAGACCUGGGGCCAGAUCUUUGAGAAGCAGCGGGAGACUAAAAAGCAUCUGUUUGGAGGACAAUCUCAGAAGGCAGUUCAGCCCCCACACCUUUUCCUUUGGCUCAUGAGACUAAAAAACAUGCUCCUUGCCAAGUUUAGCUUUUACUUUCACGAGGCACUGAGCCGACAAACGACUGCUUCAGAAAUGAAAACGUUGACUGCAAAAGCAAACCCAGACCUUUUUGGAAAGAUUUCUAGCUUCAUCAGGAAAUACGAUGCUGCCAAUGUGUCCUUAAUUUUUGACAACCGAGGUUCAGAGAGUUUUCAGGGCCAUGGAUAUCACCACCCCCAUUCCUACAGGGAGGCCCCAAAGGGUGUGGACCAGUACCCAGCCGUUGUGUCUUUGCCCAGUGACAGACCUGUUAUGCACUGGCCCAAUGUCAUUAUGAUCAUGACAGACCGCACAUCUGACCUGAACAGCUUGGAGAAAGUGGUCCACUUCUAUGAUGACAAAGUCCAGAGCACUUAUUUCCUGACCCGCCCAGAACCUCACUUUACAAUUGUCGUCAUCUUUGAGUCAAAGAAAUCAGAGAGAGACUCCCACUUUAUUUCCUUUCUCAAUGAGCUCUCACUUGCCCUUAAGAACCCCAAAAUUUUCGCCAGUCUGAAGCCUGGGUCCAAAGGUUAGCAAGUUCUUUGUAUGAGACUGACAACAGCUCUAAUGAUCCACGGUGGUCUGUGAUUACACUUUCUAUCCAUUCCGGCUUCUUAUAGAGCUGAGUUAAAGACAGCUUCUCCCUAAUUGUCUUGCACACCUUAUAAGCAAUUAAGACCAAUUGCAUUAAGUAUCCAAAGAGCAAUCUACAAAGUGAUCAUGGCUACUGUGUAUUUCCAUGGUACAGCAGAAUAGUUUCAGUAUUUUCCUGUGUUUCAUGUAAGUAAGAUGGAAUAUUUAUUGGUCCAAAAGUGUCAUUUCCAGAUGUUUUAUAUUGUUUGAAAUGUUGCAUUGUACUGUAGGUCCAACCACCCACUCCCUUCCCCUUCUACUCAAAGAGUAAUGGGGUAAGGUAGUAAAUGGCCUUUUUAGAAUUAA